CUUUCUGUCAAUGACUUCCCGGGUCCCGAUCUCGACCUUGCAUUGACUCUGAUCUCAAGAGGACGACAAUAACUAACGAUCUAAAUCACCGAGUCUCGAGGUCUCGCUUUUACGGUCGACAGCUACAAUCCUCACUUGACUCGUUAGAACACCUUCGCGCGCCUGAUCUUCCCAGAGGAGUUUGGUUCGAACGUGGCAAUACCAGUUCCAGCCGUCUGGAACCCUCCACCAACGUCGCACCAAAGAUCCGACAACCCCGGCCGUACGGACGAUCCAGUAACGCCUUCGACUCUACAUACACGAAACAGCUAGAGACCUGAUCCGCAUCUCGAAUACGUUACAGUCCUCACAUACGUUACCCUCCGGCGAGGCACCUCUUUGCCACGCUGUGACUACAAUGCUGUGGUCAGGCGUUGGCAUUGACGCUGCGCUCCUCAUCGCGGCCUGAUGCGCUCCCUCCGAAACUCCGUCCCAACCGGCGACAAACAAUCUAAUUUUUCCAUGAGGGUCGACAUGGUCUCAAGAACAUCUAGCGAUGGCCCUCCACCCAGAGGCGGCCGACAAUGGACCAAGUCAUUGAUCGACAAGAUCCCGAGACGAGGGAAGAUAAUCAGUCAACAUGCCCCCGAAACUAGUACCUCCGACCUCGACCUUCAUCUCAGAUCUCCAGAUAGCCACACCACGAAUUCUUUAGAAAGCCAAGAAACCCAAAUCCGACAACUCCAGACCAUUCUUCAACGGAUGCCUCGCAACUUUCCUACUACGCCCAACCAUGUCGACUCAGCCUACAAAGAUUUCACCAAAUACAAGGAACAAUGUGCUACGCUAUGUCGACAUAUUCUCACAGAAGAACUCGGUCGCGGUUCUCGUAAUGGCGGCGACCUGCCCCGCCGUGACUCAACCGUAGAAUCUCCGCAAAGUCCUAGCCAGAUCUACGAUACAAGGAGUUCCUUCAGUGGGAGAAGUCUAGCCGAGGUUGUCUCUGGAAGUGUUGGAAAGAGUAUACACCACACUGAUGCCUGGCUGACCUCUGUGCGCGACUGGAAGAACUACCUCGAGUCCCUUGCCGAUGCCUGCCGGACGAGUCUAAUUGAGACCUACAAGAACAACGAGCGCGAUGCAACGCCGGAACAAGUGGAAGCCCUGUUCACGAAUAAGCGUUUUCGAAAGGAGGCUGUGCAGCGAAUGCGCAAUGCCAGUGUAACCCGGGUCAUGUCGGCAGAUCCCCAAUUCUUUCCAAAAUAUGAAAUGCGCUUUUACGAUUACGAGAGAAUCAAGCAGGAGUUGAACGAGAUUCGACAGCUUUUGCAAACAGGAGAGUCUGGCAUCUCACCUGACCGGACCAUCAAAGAGUUUGCAAUCUCGCAGCGCGGCGAUGCUAUACUAGAGUUCGCCAACAAUGCGCCUGGAUGUAACCACAGCGAUCCAGCACUACGUUUUCGUGUCUCGUCUUACAUGCUCGCUGAGACGUCACCUAUCUUUGCGCGCAUGUUUUCAGGGCACUCCAGCAGUCUUCACCUUUACGACGAUGACGAUAUAUCGACACUGCUCCCGUUACCCCCAACAAAAUAUUUCUGUAAGGAUGGCUCCGAAGCCAAGCUUUACCGCAUGCCGCAGGUUGAGUUGAACCACCUGGGUUCUCUGGAGAUUCUAUUACACGCAGCACACAUGCAUAACGAAAUGGUUCCACGAGAAAUCGAGUUCGAGCAGUUCGUUGCUAUCGCCGAGUGUUGCAUGCGAUACAAGAGUACUUCACCUCUGGAACUCAUCGUUGAACAUCGAUGGCUGCCACAAUGGAUGCACAAGGGUGCUGAUGACAUGCCUGAUGGGCUCUUGGUCAUCAGCUACGCAUUUGGACUCCGUCGACUAUUUUCCCGCAUGUCGAAGACUACGAUUCUGAACCUUGUGGAUGAGAAAGAGCUAUUAGCUAAACCCUGGCCACAGAAAAUCAGGGAUAAAAUAUGGGCAGUUCGUUGCGCGAAGAUGGCACAAAUUCACGAAUGUUGCGUCAGUACUAUCCGAGAAUACAUGCGGGAACCAACACACAAUACGUUGGAAGGCUCGGAAGAGCUUUCAUUAGAUACAAGAGCCAGCUUUUCCUCGGACAGUUUACCACCGACGAUGCUGACGAGUACACCAAGAUGUCCCAAGGGCAGCCAUUGGUGUGACGCCACGAACCUCGGAUGGCUGAUGCUACUUUACAAUGAGAUGAACCUCCUGCCUCAUAUCAUGGCGCCAGAUGUUUUGUCUCAUUUACCGAGGACACAGCCACAGUCGAAGAGUUUGGCGCAGAUCGUGGAUGCCUUGAGAAGGAUUCCUACGCCGCCAACACCAGUCCAUCGAGGGGUGUGUGAUCCUGGGCCCAUGUUUCGCUCUGCUAUCAGUGAUAUUUAUAAUAGCGUGCUUGGCCUGACACUAUUUGACAUCAGUGGGAAGAGCCACGGUUGGGGACUCUCGAAGCACAGAGAACGAGAACCUCAAACCCAGCUCAACAAAGGCCUUGAUCGAAUGGCUGCACCCGACCCGAACUACAGCGUUGCUACCGAGUUCCCCGAGAUUGUUCGCCUUCGUAUCUUAUGUCAACUAGACGAAAUCGACGAUCUUCACACAGCAGCCAUGAUCAACCGCGCAUACUAUGAGACCUACAAGAAGCAUGAACUGUAUCUAAUGAGAAACAUUCUCCGCAUGGAUCGCAAACGAACAGCGACUCGCAGACACAUACCAAUCGGUCCUACCACCAACGAAGAGAAGGUUCUUAGAGAUGAAUCGGAAGUGUUGAAGCGCACGCCAGCGGAUACUGCAGACGGCAUCACUCUUCACAGCGUUGUUGAAACAGAAGGAGACUACACAGACUCCGACUCGGACAGUGAUAGCCUUUAUUCAACUUCAGUGACUCGAUCAGCUGCUACUACAAGCACAACCAUCAGGGGCCGUGAUUACCAGGGAUCGUCAGACCCUGCGCGGAUCACGGAUAGCCCCGCACGGACACCACGGGCCCGGACCGGGACACCCACGUCAAGAUCCACUGGCAUCGGAUCUCCGACGACCCCUCGGCAGGCCGUAUUUGACCCACCACCGCCUCCGACCACGGCACCACCACCUAUAACCACAAUCGACGAACCUCCUCUCACAGUUGAGGAAGCAAACAGGAUUCUUUGGCCAGAAGACGCCAUCCGAGCUGCCGAGUCACCGUUACCAAUAGGCCCGACAGGUAUAGAAGGCAUUCGCGAAAAAUUCCGCGCCGGCGAUCCCGCGUUUGACGCGGGCCUUGAAGAGAAGACCCUUGUGCCGACUGGCGAAAAGCAGCUCCGAAGUGAACAUGACAGACAGGUUGGACUACUGAAAGGUGGUGAUCCUUCAAGUAAAUGAUGCAAAAGAUCUACAUGACAUUUAUACGUUUGCAUACGCAAUUUUGGAACAUCUGCAUAUAUAGCGAGCGAUUUGGAUGGACAUGAUAUAUAUGUAUUGUGGUCUGGCGCCCAAGAGCAUGGCGUGGCAUGGCAAGCUGAUACCCUCUGGCGCUUGAGGAGUUGAAAUGUUGUAUAUUUGACAUUAUUAUAUAUUGAUCGACCAUGGCUUAUUUGGCCUUAAAUAAACUUGUUUUAGAAUAUUUACAUUGAUGUUGUGCUUUAGCGCCAUGAUCGGCAAGCAUUGCACUCUUUCAAAGUCUCGAG